GUUUUCCUAUGCCUAUACAAAUGCGCAUGCUUGAGGAAUCAUGUCGAUGUCAGGUCGAGGCCUGGAUGCUCAGGGCGAAUUCGACCCUGCACAAUCACUCAGGAACGGACUUGGAGAAAGCUCGGACGGCGACAUUUCGCAAUACUCAGGCGAGGCCAGCGCGCCGCAAGUAAACGGAUUAACUGAACAAAUAACCUUUAAGCGGAAACAGAAGCAACAUUCGCGUUUCAAUAGUAUCUCCAGCUUCUUCUCCAACAGCGCUUCCAAACUCUGGGGAGAAGAGCCCGCUGAAGAAGCAUCACCUCUGCGACCUUAUGGUGAGACGGGGGGCAAUGAAAAUUUAGGCGUCUCCAAGGAUGGAUUUUCUUUGGACUGGUAUGUGGAAGGACCGGGCCGUCGUGUGGGCUACGACGAUCUCACUGCCAUCGAUUGGAUAUUUGAGUAUACGAAAGAACGUCAAAGGAAAAGAUUACUUUUUACAAAGGGGCAGGGAGUACUAGGGCAUGUCCGCCAGCUCCUUGAUGGCAGCCACUUGUGGUUUGUGUUGAUUGGUACGGGCAUUGGCGUAGGCAUUAUUGCGGCCGCGAUCGAUGUUGCAACAAAUUGGCUGGGAGAUAUCAAGAGCGGUUACUGCAAAAGCGGGAAAGGAGGUGGAAUGUUCUAUCUUAAUAGGAGCUUCUGCUGCUGGGGUUAUGAUGACCCGUCUCAAUGUUUGGACUGGACCCCGUGGAGGAAAGCUCUUGGAGUCAAUUCUGCUGGUGGAGGCUAUGCUGUGGAAUAUAUCUUCUAUGUUUUUUACUCUGUGAUUUUUGCCGUCUGCGCAUGUUAUCUUGUCAGAAAUUAUGCCAUCUAUGCGAGACACAGUGGAAUUCCUGAAAUCAAGACAGUACUUGGUGGCUUUGUCAUGAAACAUUUCAUGGGGGGUUGGACCCUAGUAAUCAAGUCUCUGGGGCUGUGUCUUUCUGUUGCCUCCGGCUUGUGGCUAGGGAAAGAAGGCCCACUCGUUCAUGUGGCAUGCUGUUGCGCCAAUUUGUUGAUGAAGCCGUUCGAUAGUCUGAAUAAUAACGAAGCGAGAAAACGUGAAGCUCUUUCUGCAGCUGCAGCUGCGGGGAUCUCCGUCGCAUUCGGAGCUCCGAUCGGGGGUGUGCUGUUUAGUCUAGAGCAACUGUCAUAUUACUUCCCAGAUAAAACCAUGUGGCACAGUGUAGUGUGCGCGAUAUUUGCAGCGAUCACCCUACAGGCAUUGAAUCCAUUUCGCACAGGCAAGAUUGUUCUCUAUCAAGUCACAUACACUCGGGUGUGGCAUCGCUUUGAACUCCUACCGUUCUUCCUUCUUGGAAUCCUUGGUGGCCUGUAUGGCGCUUUUCUCAUCCGCCUCAAUAUGAGGGUUGCGAAAUGGAGGCGGUCCCGAAAGACAUAUCUUCCAAUCUUAGAAGUGACCGGUGUGGCCCUCCUCACUGCACUAAUAAAUUAUCCGAAUAUAUUUAUGAGACAGCAGAACUCGGAGUUGGUGUAUUCACUAUUCGCUGAGUGUGGUACUUCAUCGGACGACCAGUUCGGUCUUUGUGAAAUCGGUACGAAGUCGGCUGGGGUAAUUGUUCUUCUGCUCGUUGCUGCGGUCCUCGGGUUCUUCCUGUCUUCAAUUACAUUUGGACUGGACAUACCUGCCGGUAUCAUACUUCCUUCAGUUGCCAUCGGUGCCCUUUACGGCCGCGCUCUGGGAAUGGCGGUUAGGAUGUGGCAACACGCUUAUCCCAAUCUUUUUCUAUUCAGCAGCUGUGAGCCUGAUAUUCCAUGUGUAACACCAGGAACGUAUGCCAUCAUUGGGGCUGCUUCUGCCCUUGGCGGAGCUACCAGGAUGACUGCAUCGAUCGUUGUCAUCAUGUUCGAACUCACGGGGGCCUUAGCCUAUGUGAUCCCUAUUAUGAUUGCAGUUAUGCUGGCCAAAUGGUGUGGCGACAUAUUUGGAAAACGCGGCAUUUACGAGUCGUGGAUUUAUUUGAACGAAUAUCCCUUCCUUGAUCACCGCGAUGAUACAACCCCACCUGACGUACCAGCUCACAAGGUUAUGACCGUCGUCGACGAUAUGACAGUUAUACCUGGCGUUGGCCACACAGUUGAUUCUCUUCGCAAUCUUCUUAUGACUUCACCAUACCGCGGCUUCCCCGUGGUCACUGAUACCUCAAAUCCCAUCCUACUAGGCUACAUCUCCCGGAAUGAGCUCUCCUUUGCACUGGGACACUCGGCGUCUCACGCAAAUGGGAACCUUUCUGGAGAAACACAGGUGCAUUUUGUGCACCAGCCUUUCGCGGAUACUUCGGAGACACUAGACCUACGGCCUUGGAUGGACCAAACUCCUAUCACGCUCAACAGCCAUACCAGCUUCCUGAUAGUUCUGAGAAUGUUUCAAAGACUCGGUUUGCGUUACGUCCUAUUUGCCAAUAAGGGUAUCCUUCAGGGAUUGCUUACGAAGAAAGAUGUCUGGCUAAUUCUUAAUGGAGUGGAAAAUCACAAAGGGAAAGGUCUUGACCAGGACGUCUUCAGAGAAGCUCAUGCAGGGGAAGAAGUGGGUCUACUCGAGAGCGAUGACGGGAACAGUCUUGCUAGUUCUCUGGAAAGACGAUCCUCGUUGUGA